AUGUUCUGUCAUGACGUCUUGGCUUCACGGGAGCUCUUAUCCCUCAUUUUCGACCACCUGACACCCCCUGACUUCGACCACGAAGAGGGCCUUCCAAACGACUGGAGAACUCGGGAGUACUACAACUGUAUACAUGCGCUGAACGCCGCCGCUCGCGCCUGCAAAACGCUAUCCGACCCCGCCCUUGCUGUUCUGUGGCGUCGAGUGAACAACAUCAGCGACCUGCUCCGCAUACUCCCGGGGUGGGAGGACAUUGGCGGGAAAGGCUACGACGAAGCACUCAUUAUUAGCGGAGACAUCACACCAGACAUCUGGGCGCGUUUCCGACGGUACACACUCCUGGUGAAGGUCGUGAACCAGCUUUACUGGGAGUGGAUCCACCCGUACACUUGGGUGCUCCUCACACCAUGGUGCCGCGGAGAACCGCUCCUGCCGAACGUGGAGACGUUUCGCGUGCUGCCGAUCUGCGCGCACAGUCCAUGUACGACACUCUUUCUCUCUCCAUCGCUGCGCCACCUCUGGGUUACGCUCGUCGACGGUGCGGAGCCCGAGGACGCGCACGUCGGGGCAAUACUCAUCCGGAAGAUUGCCCUAACGGUCCCUGGGCUUAAGACGUUCCACGUCAAGAGCAAGAUGGACGCUGGGUCCCCGAUUUUGGUGGACAUCUUCUGGCACUUGCGGGAUCUGCGAUCGCUCUCGCUGACCAAUACGUACAUCCGGCGUCCCGAGCUCGACGUACUCGCAGCCCUACCACACCUGGAGUCACUGUCCGUGAUGGUCAUGCUUCCACCAUCCGAACAACGGCCAGACCGUGACGAUUCUGACGGAGAUGCUGAAGGAGAGGAUCAUGAUGAGGGAUUAGAUGGAGACGAAGAAGACGUCGGAGACGAGGAACACGAGAAUGACGAGGAUAUGGACGAUGAAAAGUCCGGAGAGGAGACUUACGCUGCGCCUAUCAUCUCAGACGCCUUCCUAGCUCUGAGGCAGCUCACCCUCCGCGGAUUCCCCGGCGAACAAGACCUCCUAUUCCGAUAUCGCCCCCCUCGUCUUGAGGCGUUCUCUUUGGAGAUCUGUGGUCGCGCGUCAUUUGAGGAGGUCCGGAAUAUUGUCGCGUCCAACGCUCGCAAUUUACCCGCCACUCUCUCUGCCUUCUCAUUGAAGACCUGUGAGGAAUGGGUCGAACAGGAGCAGCUGUCUCUGAUCGAGCUCAUCGAAGCCCUGUUCGAGCUCCCGACCAUAGAAACCAUCAACCUCGAGUUUCGUGAUGUCCCUACGGUCAGCGACGAGGGUAUCGCGGGCAUAAUGACGCGACCCACACAGCUCGCGCUCAUGUACGUCGCCACCCGCUGCCCCCACCUGCGCGAGCUCGUGCUCCCUGAGGUCGAGUUCGCGCGUCUCCCGCUCCGCGUCCCAGUCUCGAACCAUAGCCUCAAAACGCUCUCGUUCGACAUCGCGCAGGAACUUGAGGGCCGCCGGCCGCACCAGCAACUCCGCCAGUUCAACGACCACGUCGAGGUCGCGAUGGCCGUCGACCUGCUCUUCCCCCAUCUCGACCUCAGGAUGCGCGACGACCCGACGCCGGAUUUUCGCCGGGAUGAGACAGAUAUCAUAUUGCAUCAUCUGGCCCCGCCGCGGCGGAGGGUCAGCAUCUGGUACAAGGUGCGCUCGUACAUCGAAGCAGCCCAAGCGGGGCGCGAGCGCGGGAAGUUGCUCCGGCAGCCCUCUCUUUUUAAGUCAAGGCUAUCUACGCUGUGGGCGUGUUAG